AGCCCGAGCAUCGUCCCUCUCUCCGGAUCCCGCCCCUUCCGCUCGGGACGGGGGCGGGGCUGUCCGGUCUUCGCUGGCGGCACUUCCGCCCGUGUGAUGGGGCAACCAGCCGCCCGGGAACGGGCCUCUCUACGUCGCCGGGUAGCGCGCACGGUCCCGCGGGGAGGUAGAGAGUAAGACAAUGGCAGGCAACAACCAGCUUUGCAUCCGACGUUGGACUACUAAGAACGUAGCCAAAUGGCUAAAAGAAGAAGGCUUCUGCGAGUAUGUGGACGUUUUGUGCAAUAGACACAGACUGGAUGGAAUUACAUUAUUGACACUGACUGAAUAUGAUUUGCGAUCUCCUCCUUUGGAAAUCAAAGUCCUGGGGGAUAUCAAAAGACUAAUGUUGUCGAUACGCAAAUUGCAGAAACAGCAUAUUGAGGUUUUAGAAGAGUUGGGUUACAACAGCGAUAGUCCCAUUGGCACAAUGUCUCCUACCGUUGGCUCCCUUCAAGAUACGGAUUGGUUUUGUAAUGGUGAAGUACCACGGGACUGUGGACCAGUUACUGACCUGAAUGCUGAUCAGUAUCAAUACACAAAUGGAAAAAACAAACAUCCUAUGCGAAGACUGGACCCUGAGUACUGGAAAACAGUCUUAAGUUGUAUAUAUGUUUUCAUAGUGUUUGGCUUUACAUCAUUUGUCAUGGUUAUAGUACAUGAGCGCGUACCUGACAUGCAGACAUAUCCACCGCUACCAGACAUAUUUCUAGACAGUGUUCCUAGGAUACCUUGGGCCUUUGCCAUGACUGAAGUGUGUGGUGUGAUUCUCUGCUACAUUUGGCUCCUGGUUCUCCUCCUUCACAGACACAGGUCUAUACUCUUACGCAGAUUGUGUAGCUUAAUGGGGACAGUGUUCUUGUUGCGUUGCUUUACAAUGUUUGUUACCUCACUCUCUGUGCCAGGCCAGCAUCUACAGUGUUCCGGAAAGUUGUAUGGCAACGUGUGGGCAAAACUUCAGCGAGCAUUUGCAAUAUGGAGUGGUUUUGGAAUGACACUCACUGGAGUACAUACAUGUGGAGACUACAUGUUCAGUGGCCAUACUGUUGUCCUGACUAUGCUGAACUUCUUUGUCACUGAAUAUACACCAAGAAGCUGGAACUUCUUGCAUACUUUAUCCUGGGUCCUGAAUCUCUUUGGAAUCUUCUUCAUUUUGGCUGCACAUGAACAUUAUUCUAUAGAUGUCUUCAUUGCCUUCUACAUCACCACAAGACUCUUUUUGUACUACCACACAUUGGCUAAUACCAGAGCAUAUCAGCAGAGUAGGAGAGCGAGAAUCUGGUUUCCAAUGUUUUCUUUUUUUGAAUGCAAUGUUAAUGGUACAGUUCCUAAUGAGUAUUGCUGGCCCUUUUCAAAACCUACAAUAAUGAGAAGGUUAAUUGGAUGAAGAGUACCUAGUUUAAUCUAAGUUAGUAUGAAGUAUUCGUAACAAAUCUCUACAGAACUAGCUGAAAAAAUAAGAAAAUAACUGUUUCCAUCCCUGUGGUCUCAUGCCCUGCUUCUUAGAUUCUCAGUCACAAAGUUGGGAUUUCCAUACUUCACAAGGUAAUAGUAGAAACUAACGCUAGGAGGAUAAGUAGAGGCUGCCCCAUAGAUCAUUAUGAAUCUGAAAUAGAGAAGUCGUCAUUACCAUUGGCAUGAUUCUAGAAAAAUGCUUUAGGGUAGAGAAUAACUUACACUUUUAAUGUAUGCUUUACCAGACUUGCUAUUUUGAGGUCCAGAUGAUCUCUGGUACCUUGAAUGUUUGCCUGUACAAAUAAUACUAAGUACUAAUUUGUUAGCCACUGACUUUCUUUUAAAAAUAAUAUUAAAUAUAACUUUUUCCGUUGAGGCGUGUACACUUACAAAAUGAGAUUCUGAAGAGUGGCUUGUCAGAAUAAGGAAGGUAAUAUAGCUCUUUACUAAAUGGUUUCCCAGAAAUCUUAAAUAAGAAUUCUGAAAAAGGUAUAAUGGACAAUAUGUGUUGUGUGUGUAUAUACAGAAUGCCAAAAAUGAAACCGCCUGCUUUUUUUGAUUUGGGGGUUGUCAGCUAUUAAGAUCAUGUUUGAACAGGGCUUAUUUGGUCAGAGUAAACGGUUUAUGCCAUUGUCCUACCGCUUAGAUAGUUCCUUGUUGGGUUAGAAAUGAAAGCUACAUCUCUUGAAAAUGAAGUUGAGGUAGCUUUAGUGCUUUAGAGUCACAUAGUUACUCUCUCUUCUGUAUGGUUUAUCAAAUACUUCACCUAAACCUAUGCAUGCUUUUUAUGAGCAACUCUUUAACCACUAGAAGAAUAGAACAAUUAAAUUUACCUUGAAGUAACGUAGUGCCUCGUAAAUAGAUGGGGAAAUGCAUGUAGUGAUUUUUUUUUCCCUUCAGGAAAAGUUUAAAAGCAAGUUUCAAAAAUAGUGCUAAUGUUGAUCUCUUUUAUUAAUUUUUUUGUCCCAAUCCAUCUGGUAUCAGCAAAUGUUGAACAUAUUUGAAUGCCUAAGGGUUUUUUGAUGAAUUGUAUAGACAGUAAAAUGCUUUAUACUUAGUCUUAGAAAUUAUGAAAAUAGACUGGUGGUUAGAAAUAAGUUGCUUGUUUAUAACACUAGGAGUUACAGUAUCUUAAGUGGUUUAACUUCUAUCACUUUUUUGAGAGAUCCUGAUUUUGCUUGUGAAAGACUAGUGAUUAGAACUGGAGCCUGAAAUAGUGUGUGCAAGCAAGGCCCAUACUUGUUAGUGAUCUUACAAACCGUUAUCCAUAUAUUUUUGUGUGCAAGAAGGUAGCUUUAACUGUAGUUACUCAGAUUUAAUGGGGAAUAGUAGUGUAAUUUGAGAGUUGCAAAUUGCAACAAAUAUAUAAAUGUUGGUGAUCAUCACGUUAAUUCACUAUCCCAUAAUUUCAGAAUAGCUAAUGUGUGAGAAGAGGUAGUAAAAUGUCAGCCUCAAAAAAUUUCCAUGACAGUUUGCCAUCCCGAUACAAACUGUUCACUCCCACUUUACAGUGAGUAUAGGAAAACUGAAAUACAUACAGUACUUGCCUGUCAACAACAACAAAUUUACCCAGUCAAGUAGAAUUUUGCAAGACUUAGUUAGGUAUUUGAAGCUCAACAAUCUAGUAUGGUCUCCCAUCUCUACAUUUAUGGGCCUUAACAAAGAUACUUUAAACUUGGAAUUAGAAACAGUCAUUCAGGAGAGAAUAUAUUACCAGCUCUUCAUAAUGUUUAUUUUAAAAGUUUGCAAGUUUAUUUAGUUCCUGUUCCUGGGAUGAAUUCCAUAUCCCAGAGUAUCUGUACCAAAUGCAGGCGCACACCUAGUGUGAGUUACAUUGCUCUGCAGACUUUGAUUUCUGUAACAUUCCUGUUCUUUAACAAACCUGCUGCUAAUGGUAAAGCAUCCAAACCUGCUGAGUGCUCCCAGCACCUAAACUAGGGAAAUGCACUGACACUUUGCAAAACAGACUCUUUAAUCUCCAAGGACUUAUGUUUUUAUGAUAAACAAUGUUUGUUUGCUGCCCUUGUCUUCCUGCUAGGAAGAGGCAGUCUGAACAUUCCUCUCUGGUACUCUGGAAUAAAACAUCCCCCGCUAUGGGGACACACUUGCUUCUGUAGUGCCCAGUAAUUCAUUGGGCCAUUGUUUAACAGUGUUAUUUCUUUAACACUUUAAUGUGUGUCCAAAAUGUGUAAAGAUUUAUAUUCUUUGAGGUUUUUGAUACUUUAGGGAAAACAGGAAUAAAAAAUGCAACUAAAUUUGCAAAGCUGUUGACUCUGACAGUAAUUCCAGACUGUUGAUCAGCUUUGCUGUGUCUGAAUUGUAGAAUUCUUUUUCAGUCUUUUAUUUACUCAUGUCUAGUAAAGCAAAAAGUUCUAUAACUUAUCACAAAAGUGUUUACAUAAACUAAAAUGACAUCUCAAGAUUUUUAUGUGUAAUACUUAAAGUUCAAAUCUUUGUUUUUGAAGCAUAAACAUUCUUGGGUUUUUAUUUUGCCUCCAGCUUUAUUUAUUUCUCAAGUGCUGUUUACAUCUAAAGUAUUGUCAAGUCAGUAUUGCUGUUUGUGUUUUGAAUAUUUUUAUGAAAAUACGAUAUUUGCUCUCUACACCACUGCUUUAUGUAUUCACACACUGAUCCUCUGGCUGCUAAGAAUCUGUUUCGGAUAUUUGUAACAUGCAGGAUUGAUUUUCCUGGGAACUGGGCAGGGUGUUAAGACUGUCAAUCCUUCUGUUUCUUGGAGGUUGGGCAUCUCUGCCAAUAGAUACAAAUGCAGUAGUUCAUAACGAUUUUCUGACUAUAAAGAGAAAACAAAAUAUUUCAGGUGCUUUUAUUCAGAGUUUUAAAACAAGAGUUGGCCCUUAAAGCAAUACUGGCAACUUGAUUAGACUUCCCCCCCCCCUCCCCCCAAUUCGUUUCAAAGUCAAGUGAGGUACAGAAUUUUUAAAAAUGUUUUUAUACAGGUUUUUGUGCCCCUGCUGUUAACAAGUCUUGGUGUUUGUUUUUGCAGCAGAAAGGGUGGGCCUGAAUAAUGCUAAACAUGCUCAAGCUUGCUGUGCCUCCCCUUUUAUGACCUCACACACCUGCAUGCUGCCUCUUCUAGUUCAUCUUACCUGCUGCUCUUUCUGGCAGAUGCCCUGUUGCAGAGCCUGGGGUAAAACCAUACGUGAGUUCCCCCUCAAAAUAGGACAUGUGUGAGGUCAUCAGGUUAAUGCUUUAUACAGGAAGUGCAAAUGAUGAGAAAUGGACUUUCAAACACACAAAGUAAAUAAACUGAAUCAAAUAGAGAAACAUUUCUCUAAAUCUUUCAGUUACGAGGAAUACCUGAGAUUAUUGGAACAGUAGGGUCAGAUUUACAGAUUUCCCCCCCCCCCCCCCCAGCCCUCCAAAAACAAAAACCCCAAACUGAUUAUGGUCCCUUUUAACUUGGCUGAAAUAGUUGAGGUCUUGAGGGACUCUGGCUUAAUACUUGAGGCAAAAGUGUAAAUUCAGGCUUCGAUUUUUGGCGUAUAUAGUGAAGGUGAAACGCAAAGGGGAAAGUGCCCUUUCUCGGUCUCGUGACAUAAGAAGGCUGAAAGCUACAUGCAAACUGUUUGUGUUCAAAGUAUCAGGUCUUGAUUCUUUUUCCUCUGAGGACUGGAAAAUUAGUGGGAUUGUGACACUACCAGAGAAUGAACCUGAAUAAAAAAACAAGUACUUUUUAAAACCGUUUAACGCAAACUCCUGACAAAGACUUGGGAGAGAAUCUUUUUAUCAAAGAUUCAACACCUCUGCUUUUCAACUGAGGACUCAGCUUCCGCUCCACUCCUCUAUUCCUUUUAUGGAGUCCUCCAGCAAAAACAGGACAACUCGAUAGUUCUGAUAGUUCUAAGAAAAUCAAAUAAGCAGAAACAUUUCAAUAGGCCCCCAAGUCCUCAGACUUUCAGACUGACUUAGAGCCAGAUCUUGCAAGGUGUGAAGCAUACGCUUAACUUUAAGCACAUGAGUAGACCCAUUAGCUUCAGUGAGAUUACUCGUGCUUUAAGUGCUUCCCUGGAUCUGGGCCAAUGUGCUCAGCGCCAUGUAGAACCGAGCCCUUGUAUUAUAAAUAAGUGGGCAAAUGAUUUUGUUUUCUAUUUUAGGUCACAUUAAAUCUCCAUGCACCAUAUGGAAAACAUGUUCCAAUAGAAUAUCUAAGAUAAACGAAUGUUCAAAGUAAAGUCACUUCUGUAGAGAUGACAUCAAAUCUAGGACAGUUGGUAUUAGUGGUUUGAUGUUAGAAGAAGCAGAGCUCAGUGAAAAUGAGCUGGAAAUCCCAACUGCCAGUGCUAAUAUGGUAAAUAAAACCUUUUCACAAGUUUCUAACCCCCCAAGCCCCAAAACUUGGCUAAUUUAUAAAUGUGUAGAUUGUUCAGUGUAGCAAUUCUUGAUCUGUUUUCCCAUAUGGCUAACUGUAUUAUUUUCAUAUGGUGCAAAAAAGAACAACACUUGGGGAUGGUAUUAGUGGAAUUUACUGUGGUGAACAAAAAUCAAUAUUUAAAACAGCAUUCCUAAAGUCUGCAUAACUUUAUUAGCACAGCGGUAUUAACUACUUACACACUACAGUGCUAUACUGUUUCAUUACUAGUUACACAAUUUCUUAUUGCUUCAACAAAAUCAAGUUACUUGGAAUUGUCUGAGUUUAAUGGAAGUUCUUUUGUAGCCUUCAAGUACCACAUAAUAAAAAUAAUGAAUUAUUAGUCCUUUCCUUCCUGUAUUUUUUUCUAUUUGAGAAGAUUAAGAUAUUUUUGUCAAGAAGGAUUUUGCCAUAAUUUAUGUUGCUUUAUUCAAAGCAAUUUAGUAUUCUUUUUUUUAAAAAAAAAGUUCACCCAUGGUAAUUAUAAAGCCAACAUGGCUUUGUAGGGUUGGCAGUUUGUAAUUAGUAGAUACCCCAGCAAUGAUCUAACGUGAACUGUGAAUUACCUCACCUGCCUAAAGGCCUUUUUGUGUCAAGGAUUAAUUGGUAGACCACUAAUAAUCCAUAUACAUGUAUUUUUCUGGUGUUCCUUUGAGACAUGGAGAGAUUUUGAAAGAUUGUCUGAUUUUUAUGAUUUGACUGAAACAGUGUUUUGUUGUGGGCAAAGUUGACAUGGAAUUAACCUACAAAAUAGUUCUCCUUCAUUGUAAAUGUCUUUCUGAACACUAAAAGGCACAGUACUAUAUUACAUCUGUUUUCAGUUAUCCAUUUUGUAGUUUCUGGUAAUGUUCAUAGCUUGAGCCACAAGUGUGCUACAAUGAAUGGAAUGUACAUAGUUCUACAUGAAAUACGUUUUCAGAACAGAGUUGUGGUAGUUGUAUAAGAAUUUAAAAUAACUUUUAAAAAAUGGAGCAUAUUGAAUUCAUGUAUUAACCCCAUGAUUUAAGUAGUGACUUUACUUUAAACUUAAUGUAAUGUCCUCUUUCAACUGUAAGUGACUUAUUAUACAGAGGAAUUACAAACUACACUAAUGUAUAGUGCUUCGCAUAACAAGGUGUAUAAAAACUAGUACUUAAAGGUUUUUGGGGAAAAUGUUUCUUUGCACUAAACACAGAUCUUUUAGUUAAGUAUUCACACACACACACGUUACUUGAAGGUUUGAAAGUUCCUGUGGCAGUGAAGUUUGAAGCACAGUAAUGUAAAUAAGUAAAUAUUGUUUUGACUCUAAAAUUAAACCCAGAUUUAAUUAAUAUAUUAUUUUUAUCUUGUAUUAAAACAAAUAUUUAAAAGCAUUAAAAAUAAAAUCUUUGGAAGAUG